AUGCACGAUAAGUACGACGUGGUUAUCAUCGGGGCUGGUCCCGCUGGUCUCACCGCAGCAGCUUGGAUGUCCGUUUCUGGGAUCAAGACCCUCCUCGUCGACAAAAAUUCUUCACCUCCAAAGUCGGGGCACGCAGAUGGCAUCGAAUGUCGAACUUUUGAAGUGCUUGAAACGUUUGGUCUUGUGGAUGCUGCGUGGAAAGAGUCAAACAAGACUGUUGAGAUAGCAUACUGGAACGACCAGGGUGGUUCAAUUUGUCGAGUAUUUACACGGCCGAAUAUGAUCAAUGGGGGUGAAUACCAUUCAUCGUAUGCUGAGUCAACGUUAGCCCAGGGUCGUGUUCAACAACUGUUUCUGGACUUUAUCGAAUCUCACAAAAAUGUCACCGUCCUGAGACCUUACGAGCCACAUAGCUUGAGAUUUAUCACCAGGGGAGGUAGUUCAGUGGAUGACUAUCCGAUUCAACUGGAGAUAGCUCGCUGCGGCGGUAAAUACUCCAACAAGGACGAGGGACAUGAGCCGAUGCAAGGACCAUUGAGCAUUAUCCAAGCUCGCUACUUGCUUGGUUGCGAUGGGUCCCAUAGCUGGGUCCGCAAACAAUGCGAUUUGAAGCUCGAAGGCGAAAGUGCGAACGAGCAUUGGGGGGUGAUUGACUGCAUCCCUAUUACCAAUUUUCCUGACGUCAGAAAGCGAUGCGUUAUACACUCUACCUCGGGAAGUGCCAUGCUGAUACCUCGAGAGCGCCGUAUGGUCAGGUUUUAUGUUCAAUUAUCGUCAUCUUCCCGAGAACUAGACCAGAAGAAACAGACCAGCAUUAUCAUAGACAAAGUUACUCAAAUUCUCAAACCGUACUAUUUCUCUUGCUCAAUAAUCGAUUGGGCCAGUGUCUAUUCACAUGUCGGGCAACGGCUUUGUCGGCAAUACUCUUUCCGCGAUCGCGUAUUUCUUGCUGGCGAUGCAGUUCAUACGCACACACCAAAAGCCGGAAAAGGUAUGAACACAAGUAUGCAGGAUGCUUUCAAUAUCGGAUGGAAGAUCUCUUCUGUAGUGCUCGGGUCUGCAACGCCUGCUAUUCUUGAGACAUAUCAGCAAGAAAGGCUACCUGUGGGACAAGCACUUCUUGAUUUCGACAAAAGGAUUUACAGAAUGGUGUCCCUCAAGCCAGAUGAUCAAGAUUGCGAAGCCAUGAAGCAAACAAUCCAAGAAGAAAACUCGUCUGCUUCGGGCCUGGGGGUCAUCUAUCGACCAAAUCUUCUCGUGCAUGAGACUCAGAUUAAUGAUCUAGAUUCCGAUCGGGCUCUAAGAGCAGGUUCCAGGUUCCCAGACAUGAUGGUCGUGAAUCACAGUGAUGGCCGCCCAUGGCGCAUGCACGAGGUCCUAAACAAAGCUGGUCGAUGGAAUUUACUCAUUCUUGGCGGAAAUGUGUCCAAAAAGAGUCAGAUGGGCCGUGUCCACAAGAUUGCGGAGAGCCUAUCUCGAUCUAGCUCUCUUGUGGGGAAGAUCAAUCGAGCAUCGAGAGGCUGCGGUUUCUCCAGCAUCGAGCUCACUCUCAUCCACUGCGCAUCGCGUGACAUUGUUGAGUUGGAUGAUCUUCCGAGGAUCUUCACGCCGAGUCAGGGUCCAAUGGGAAUCGACUAUACGAAGAUAUUUGUGGACACGGCAUCUCACACUGGACUUGGUGGUAUGGUGUAUCGGGACUUGGCCAUCCCUAAAACGGGCUGCAUCAUGUUGAUCCGACCGGAUCAGCACGUUGCCUUUCGUGGUGGGCUGGAAAGUGUCUCAGAGAUGGACCACUUUCUGGCAAAAUUCUGGCUUUGUAACUAG